AUGAGGGAGUUGCCUGGCUAUGUUCUCUUUGCUGGGAUCUUUCUGCCUGUGACUUUACUCCUGCUGCUGCUAAUUGCCUACUUCAUGAUCAAACUAUCAGAAGUUAACGAGGAACUGGCCAUGGCAGAAGACGCCAGGAGUGCCCUCCCGAAUCACCAUGGCCAGUGGCAGAAACCCAGGAGAUCACAAAACCACAAAAAACCGCAAGAACGCAAGGGCAUUUAA